AUGAGUUCGAAUGACGAGAAUGGUAAAGUCAUCUAUGUGACUCUUAACUACGAAGAAAUUAUGGAGACGCCGUUGUCUAAAUGCGGUGGUCCAACGCGACACUAUGCUCCAUCAAAACCACAAGAGGUGUUCGAAACGUAUCGAAAUCUGAUCAACGAACAUAUUCGCAAGAAAUGGCCUAACAUCUCUGCUAACUUCACCUUGGAUCCUUUUCAUGGCUAUUUUAACUGCAAUGGUUAUGGUGGUCGAUACACAUUCAAAUGCGAUGUUCCUGGUGUCGGUUUGGUGGUUGUGGUAAUCAUUGAACCAUUUGAGGCAAGCGAUGGAGAAUUGGCCAAUGACAUGGCAGAAAGAAAACGACGAGCACAAAUCGAUGUCAGUUGA